UGGCAGCCUUUGAAAUAGCCGGAGACGAGGUUGCAUCCAGCCGCUUGCUAGACGCUCCGAAUUACCGCACGAAGUUAAAGCGUCGCGCCACUGCGCCCUCGAGCGUGGCCGAACUUGUCUGCAGAAUCUGGCCAUACUUCCAAGAUGGUUCAAAUACUUCAAGCAGAAGCGGCAAGCUUCCCCAGGUUCUUGGCAACCGGUAGUUGCUGCGGUAGCCUCUUGAACUUCCUUCCUUAGUGAUGCUGCCUCGGCUGCCAGAAUCGUCAGGCCCUCACCGUUAAAGCAUAUCCCACUAUGGCCAGCCAGAUCCUUUUAGCAGCGCUAGCGCUUCUCGCUAGCUCCGUCGCUGCUCACGGCGGCCUUGCAAACUACACUGUUGGCGACACUUGGUAUAGGGGAUACAGCCCGGACGAGCCGUUGGAAGACCAGCAGGGCAAGCCUUGGAUGGUUCAGAGGAUAUGGGCGAGCAUCGAUCCGGUAUUCUUCGUAAACGAUACUGGCCUGGCCUGCAACACCCCAGGCACGGCGCCGCCGUCAUAUAUUCCCAUCGCAGCCGGGGAUAACAUUACGGCGGUCUAUUGGUAUUGGCUGCAUCCGUAUGGGCCCAUGUCGGUUUGGCUCGCCGACUGCGGGGAGUCAUGCGAGGACGUCGACGUGAACCAGCUAGACUUCUUCAAGAUCUGGGAGGCGGGCUUGGUGGAGGGCAACAUCGUAGAGGGUAUAUGGUAUCAGAAACAGUUCCAGAACUGGGAUGGAUCUCCGGACCUGUGGUCUGCUACAAUUCCGGCGACCAUCAAGCCGGGACUCUACAUUAUUAGGCAUGAGAUCCUAAGUAUACAUAUAGAGAAUAAGCCACAAUUCUAUCCCGAGUGCGCGCAUCUGAACAUCACCGGAACAGGGACGGCGGUACCGUCACCCGAGUAUUUCGCCAAGUUCCCCGGGACGUAUAAGGAAGAUGAUCCGUCGAUCAGGAUUGACAUCUACUCGGAUGAGAUAAAGGCACAAACGAAUUACACGAUUCCCGGACCGCCGGUAUGGGACGGAUUUGUAAACAAGUACUGUCAGGAUUGUUAAUAAACUGUCCCUAAAAGAUUAAAGUCGGAUAUCUGCCUAUGUAACUCAUAAUGGAUCAGGUAGGAUGCAAUUAAACAUAC